CCGCACCGAGCCCAGAAACUCGUCAAAGAGACAAGUGAAGUCAAUUCCUCGACAGGCACUCUGCCAAAACGGUUAAACUAUCACAACUCUUUCUGUGUUGGUCCAUCUAUCAACUCUUUACCCUCUUAUCCAGCUGCCGCCCUACCACAACUUCAGACUUGUUACAUUCCACUGGUCGAAAUGUGUACCCAUUUUUGGCAAAUUUGGCCUCAUCACACCUGCUAUUUACCCUGGCCCCCUCUCAUUCGAUCGGUUACUCCGACUCAGGCCUCAAGUCCGGAUCUCCCUCAUGGUCUCGUAGAUCCGUUCCAUAUCUUUCUGGUUAGCCGAUUUCACUCGGUUCAAGUCCCAGUGUGCGUUUUAUUCCAGGCGCUAUUUCUCAAGGCAUUAGAAGUACGUACACUGCCGCCUCACAGAGAAAAGCGCAUGGGCUCUGAUUCUGAUAUCAAGCAUUGCCUUCACGGAUCGUCUCCUUGA